AUGGAUGAUCCAAGUGUUCGCAGUCUGGUUAGGACGAUUAGCACCGGUGUUCGAAGCCUGAAGGAUGUUCCAAGUGUUUUGACAGCCAUUGACCAGUUUCAGCAAGAUCCAUCCAUUUUGGAUGAUCAUCUGGCUAACUACGUCGGUGAUCUGGCUACCGAUUUCUUUUCGAGGUCUACUGAAGAGAAAAGCUCCAUAGGCUCUAUUUUUUACACUUUUUCUAAAGUGUGCAAUGUCAAAAGAACCAAGAGGCAUUUGCCAACAGACAUUUUUCUCUUACCGCAGAUUCUGGACCAACUUACCUUUUGGAACGGUAUAAAGGACUGGAAAGUCUUGUCUAUGCUGUUGCCAUGGCUAAAUAUGAUCCUGAUGUCACCAUUCAAGCUGGAAAAUGACUUGGCGAUAUAUGACAAUACCCAAAAAUUGAAGGUAUAUCCUGUUUUAAAUCCGCUGGUUGCGGGAGUACAUGCAGAAUUGUUCGCUAAAAAUCUCGAUCUUUUCAAAAGUCGAUGCGAUGAAAAGGAUGUCGAUCUUCUAACUCUCAAUCUGACUUUCAAGUCUAUGUUGAGUAGAAAAACCCUGCACGAAUCACAACAACUGCUCGAUCCUUUGGCGCUAGCGCAUUUGACUAAGCUCUGCAUAGGGGACAGCCAUGAGGGUGACGAAAUGCAAAACAUUCUGACACUCAAAAUACUGCCUAAGCUAUGCCACAUUCAUGCAAUCCAAGAAUCGUGGGAGGGAAUUGAGGAAAUUACCUCAUGGGUGCUCAACAACAUGACUCUUAGCUUUACCGAUAGUCGAAUACAACACGCGCAUAGCUUCGCGAAAAUCAUUCAGCUACUGGCUACAAUCGAUCCUGCUUCUUCUCAUGCCCUCGUAGAAGAUGUUUUUGAGCAUAUGCAGGAGGAAGUCCAGACUCUGCCUGUCGACGCAAUAGACGCGAAUAAAGUACACACUCAGCUUCUUUUUUUUGCGGAGCUUGGUCGUCUUGGUACUUUGGAUCAAAAUCUCAUUAGUCGCUUCGCGAGUGACGUCCUUCCAGUUACGGCAGGAUUUCAGCAAUUGAGACUCAACAAAAUAAGCGGACAUCAGAUACGAGACGCUAGCAACUUUCUUUGCUGGUCUUUAGUUCGAAAACAUGAUGUUUCUCCUCAGGUUGAAAAAAUUGUCUUUCACCUUCUCAUGUGCUCGAUGCUAGAUUCAGAUUUCACAAUCCGACGAUCCGCUUCAGCGGCUCUACAAGAGGCAUUAGGAAGAUACGGUAGUGUAAUAUUUGAUGACGCGAGCGUUAUGAAAAUCAUAGAACUACCGUGCCACAAUCUUGAGCUAUGUUACAAAGAAAAUGUUCCAAAGCUCCUUGGGCUGUUCAUGUCGAACGCUUCACAUUUGAGUAGAGCUGUCAUCAAAUGGCUCAUAGUCAACAAUGUCAUGCGAAAUCAUGAUUUCAGAAUUGUAGAGCUUUCUGCCCUAUCUAUCACUUGUCUCAUGACUGUGGACAGCAGAUCUGAAGUCGCGACAAUAAUUUUGCAGAUGAUACUUAACCUCACAGAUGAGAUAAGGAACGAAGAGUUGGCAGUUAUCAAGGCCCGCUACCUAUAUUUGAUUUCAGAGCGUGUAUUUGUCGAUGAUGCAAGAGUGAGGAAAACAUGCCAUGAAAUUUUAUCCUGGCUCGCGGACCGCUUGAAACCAGAAUCCGGCAACCCUCAGGAGCAGUUCAUCAUUUUAUCGUACCUGAAAGCCCAAAACCUAGUUUUUACAGCGGGAGGAGCGGAGCUAGAAAUCAACGCGACAGUUGUGGAAACACUGCUGCGUAUUGCAAAAUCGAUAUCACCUUCCGAGCCCCGCUUCGAAAAAAUGAAAGACCUGUUCCUGCCAAUAUUUGAAAGAAUGCUUUGUGAUGGUGCCCAUUUUGGUUCUAGUACUGUAUUUCAGAAGUUCAAGCAAAGUUACGGGAACCUCGUCAUUCAAAACAACGCUUUGUGCUGUGCAGCAUUGGCUUACGAGACGCCACACGACUUUUUGGAUACUUUCAACUUCUACUGUCCGCGUCUGAAUUUUGAAGGACGUUUUCAUCUCUUAAAUGCGUUAUCGCACACGCUGCCCGGCGUGGUGGAAUCACAAGGUUCUUACAUUCUUUCGCUUGUGGCCGAGUUUUUGGAUGAUUAUACAGUAACCGAGCAAGGUGACGUUGGGGGAACAGUAAGAAGGUGUACUAUCGAUCUAAUCGAGAAACAACUCAAUUUAUUUUUUGAUGCGGGUACCAGUGUAAUGAAACUAAUUUGUCCGAAACUUUUGCGGCUGGCGGCAGAGCCUGCAGAGAAGAUCAGAGAACGGAGCCUGUGCGUUUUAAGACAACUUUGCAAGCUUGAAUGUUCUUCCAAUGUGCAACAAGACGAAAGCCUUUUAAGUAUUUAUCACAACUUGGAUGAAGCUUUUCAUGAUGAAUUCUGGCAGGGCUUUGUCUUCUCCGGUGGCGCAAUCUAUUCCACUGACAUUCAAAUUCGCACCAGUAUCGACAGUUUUCUUAAGCAUUAUGCUGAACAGUCGCUUGAUAGAAGACUGGAAUUGCUAAAGACGUUAUUACGUAUCGUUCCUUCCCUUUCUCAAGUGAAGUCCUGGCGAAGCGAAGCAACGCAUGUCAAUCGAUUCGGAUGUCAAAAGCAGGAUAUAAUUAAACGUGCGAUUGUAUGCGCAAACUUUUGGCGACGCAUAUUAGAAUCUGGACUAAUCGUAGCUGAAACUUCCAAUCUACGAGCCGCCUACGCCAGAUUUUCCAACCUGGCUAUGGUAAAGACUCCUAAAUUGAAAAUGGCUAUUGCCAAAUUGAUGCCUCAUGUAGCGGUGGCUUGUUCAACGAGUGAAUCCGACUAUGACAAUUUGCAAGAUGAAAUUGUUGCUCGAUUGAAACAAUUGGCAAAGCCGCCAAAAAGUGACGAUGUCCGCUACACAAGUUUUCAAACAGUGUGCCUGGAAGGGAUAGUGACAAUCCAUUUAGCGUUCGAUGAGAGGGAGAAGAUUCGAGAGCUGGAAAUUUUCCGGAGCAAAGCCUGA